GAGACGGGGACCAAAGAGAAAGGGAGCAGAGGGGACUGGCUGGGAGAGGGAGGUAGAAAGAGACCAGGGGAGGGAACGAAACUAGAUCGAUAAAGAGAGUCUGAGACGGAGACGAGAAGAGAGACGGUGGUCUAGUCGGGGACCGAGUAGCUGCGAUUGGAGGAGGCAGAAGGUAAGCCCUGAGCGGCUUCUUCGCCUCGGCAGACGGCAGGGCUGCACCUUCCGCUUUCCCUCCUGGCAGAACCCAAGAAUGGCAGCGACAGACCCGACAGGGCCAGGCUCCAGCCCCCCGACUCCCGCCUCCAUCCCGGAGCUGAUUAGGAAGAAGCGAGAUGGGGAUCGCCUGGAGGAUGCUGAGAUUCGGAGCUUUAUUCAGGGGGUGACACAGGGGACAGUGCAGGAGGCGCAAAUAGGUGCCAUGCUCAUGGCUAUCCGCUUGCGAGGCAUGGACCUGGGCGAGACGGAGAUUCUGACCCGAGCCCUGGCUGAGUCUGGGCAGCAGCUUCAGUGGCCCGAGGCCUGGAGACGGCUGCUGGUGGACAAGCAUUCGACGGGGGGAGUGGGGGACAAAGUCAGCCUGGUCCUGGCGCCUGCUCUGGCCGCCUGCGGCUGCAAGGUGCCGAUGAUCAGCGGCCGGGGACUGGGACACACUGGGGGCACGCUGGACAAGUUGGAAUCCAUCCCAGGCUUCUCGGUGGUACAAAGUCCAGAGCAGAUGCGGGAGCUGCUGGAGCAUGCAGGCUGCUGCAUUGUGGGGCAGAGUCAGGAGCUGGUCCCUGCAGACAAAAUCCUCUAUGCCAUCCGGGAUGUGACUGCCACAGUGGACAGCCUCCCCCUCAUCACAGCCUCCAUCCUCAGUAAGAAGGCUGUGGAACAACUCUCGACCCUGGUGAUGGAUGUGAAAUUUGGAGAAGCAGCCAUCUUCCCAAGCCAAGAAAAAGCUCGGGAGCUGGCCCACGCCCUGGUGGGCGUGGGGGCCCGCCUGGGGGUCCGGGUGGCGGCCGCGCUGACGACGAUGGACAGCCCUCUGGGCCGCUGUGUGGGCCACAGCCUUGAAGUGGAGGAGGCCUUGCAGUGUCUGGAGGGAGGAGGUCCCCCGGACUUGCGGGACCUUGUCACCCAACUAGGAGGAUCCCUGCUAUGGCUGAAUGGCCAAGCUCCAACCUUGACCCAGGGGAAGGCCCAAAUGGGGGCCACGCUGGACAACGGCUCUGCGCUGGGCCAGUUCCGGGCCAUGCUGGAGGCCCAGGGUGUGGCCCCCAAGCUGGCCCAAGCUCUGUGCUCGGGAUCUCCUGCCCAGCGCCAAGGCCUGCUCCCCACAGCCCCCACCAAGGACGAGCUGAGAACAGCUUCAGAGGGGACAGUGGAGAAGAUCCAGGCCCUGCCCCUGGCCCAGGUCCUCCACGAGCUGGGGGCUGGCCGGAACCGCGCGGGAGAGCCCCUCCACCACGAUGUGGGGCUGGAGCUGCUGGUGAGCCUCGGACAGCGGGUCAGCGCAGGGACCCCCUGGAUCCGAGUGCACCACAGAGGCCCCGGCCUGAGCCCGAGACACCGCCAGAAGCUGCAGGAGGCCCUGACGCUGUCCCGCGGGGAGCCCUUCGUGCCCGAGCCCUGCUUUCGGGAGCUCAUCCUGCCCCCCUCCAUGAGGGGCUGAGCCCGGGAGGGCCUCGGCGCGGCUCUCCGCCCCGCCCCGCCCCGCCCCGCCCCGCCCCGGCGCUCUGCACGCGCCUCCCCCCCCCGCCCCCGGGCUCCCUCUGCUGGGGAGCGGGCUCUUCUCCCGAAUAAAGCGCCCGUCGCGGCUCGAACUCA